UUAAAAAAUGGCUACAAUAUUCUCUGCCGGCACAGUCAACUUCUCGAUGGCAAGACUAGUCUGUUGCAGGGUGAAUAACGCUCAGGUUAAACUGCCAUGGAGGAGAAACCCUAUCUGCGUGCGGCGGUCAGGACAGUCCGGCCGGUUGAGCUACGUGACGGCGGCGGCGGCGGCGGACAUCCUGUCGGAGAAGGUGGAGAAGAGCGUGGUAGAGGCGAAGGAGGUGUGUUCGGAUGAUCCGGAGAGCGGGGAGUGCGUGGCAGCGUGGGACGAGGUGGAGGAGCUGAGCGCGGCGGCGAGCCACGCCAGGGACAGGGAAAAGGAAACGUCCUCCGACCCACUUGAGAUCUACUGUAAGGAUAAUCCUGAGACCGAUGAGUGUCGCAUUUAUGAUAAUUAAUUGAUACAGGAACCA